AUGCUUUGCAGUAGCACUGAAUCUGAAUUUGAGUUUAUCCAAAGAGUGAUAAAAGAGAUAUCAAGUACUAAAUCAAAUCAUAUGCCAUUAUUUGUUGCUAAAUAUCUGGUUGGAAUAGAUGUUCAAGUGGAGGCCAUAGAAUUGCUUUUAGAUAUGGAGUCGAAUGAUGUUUGCAUGGUAGGAAUUUAUGGUCUUGGGGGAAUAGGCAAGACUACGAUCUCGAAAGCUGUUUAUAAUAAAAUUGCUAACCAAUUUGAAGGAAGUUGUUUUUUAGAGAAUGUUACAGAAAGGUCAAAGAUAAAUUGUGACAUAAUCCAACUACAAGAGACACUUCUUUCUAAGAUCUUACGAGAUAGAGAUUUGAAGGUGCACAAUGUCUUUGAAGGUACCAAUUUGAUAAAGGAAAGACUUUGUAGUAAAAAAGUUCUUUUAAUUCUUGAUGAUGUGGGUGACUCAAAAGAGGUAGAAAAUUUGCUAGGAGAAUAUAACUGGUUUGCUUCCGAAAGUAGAGUCAUUAUAACAACAAGAAACAAACGAGUACUAACCAAUUUGGGAAUUGAUCAUCGAAUAUACAAGGUUAAAGAAUUGAGUGAAUGUGAAGCUUGUGAACUUUUCAUCCAACACGCCUUCCAAACAAGUAAAUAUGAGGAAGAUUAUUUAGAACUUGCAAAACAGAUUAUAUGUUAUGCCAAUGGCCUUCCAUUAGCUUUAGAAAUAAUUGGUUCUGAUUUGUGUGGAAAAAAUAUACAUGAAUGGAAAAGUGCAUUAGAAAAGUAUAAAAACAUUCCACAUGAAGAUAUUCAAAAAAUACUCAAAAUAAGUUAUGAUGGAUUGGAAAAAAUUGAAAAGGAUAUUUUUCUUGAUAUUGCAUGUUUUUUUAAGGGUUACAACAAGAGCGAUGUUGUAAAAAUAUUAGGUUCUUGCGAUUUAUAUCCAGACUAUGGUAUUGGAAAGCUUAUUGAUAAGUGUCUCGUAACCUUGGCAUAUGGCCAUUUGUCAAUGCAUGACUUGCUACAACAAAUGGGUAGAGAAAUUGUUCAACAAGAAUCAGAAGAGCUAGAACAGCGUAGUAGGAUAUGGCGUUAUAAGGAUGCUCACAAAUUACUAACUAGAAAUAUGGGAACAAAUAAAAUUCGAAGUAUAAUGUUGCUCUCACCUGAACAAACAAAGAUUUCAUUGAAAGCUAAAGUUUUCAAGAGGAUGAAAAAUCUCAAAUUUCUAACAGGCAAUGUACAUAUUGGUGAAGAACUUGAAUAUCUCCCAGAUGAAUUAAGGUUUCUUGAAUGGCAUGAAUUUUCUCUAUCCUUAUCUUCUAAAUGUUGCCUUCCUCAACAACUUGUUAUACUUAAUAUGUCUGAGUCUAACAUUAUAUUGGAGAAGGUAUUCAAGCAGGGGUUCCAGUACGAAAAUUUGACAAUUAUCAAGCUGAGGGAUUGUCAGUUGAUUACAAAAUUACCUGAGUUCUGCUCCUCCCCAAACUUAGAGAAAUUGGACCUUUCUCAUUGUGAAAAUUUAAUUGGGGUUCAUGAGUCCAUUGGAUUUCUUGAGAAGCUUAAAGUAUGGGAUCUAAAGAGCUGCUCAAGGCUUAAGAAGUUACCUGAUAUUCACCCAGAAAUGAAAUGUCUAGAGAAAUUGUAUUUGGAAUUUAGUGGUAUUGAAGAAUUGCCUUCAUCACUGUUGUAUCUGACUAGACUUGACAGUUUACCUCUAGUUGGCUGCCUUAAGCUUACGAAAUUUCUAGUUAGGGCCAAUAAAUCACAAAUGCAGGAGGAUAACUUCAAUAACUUUUCGGGUCCUACUGGGUUUUUGAGCUUGAGACAUUUGAAUCUUCUUGGAAAGUAUUAG